UAGUAGCCGAUCCGGGGCAGAGGGAGGAGAGCUUCGGGUCAGAGGCCGCGGCUGCUGCCGAGUCCGCCCGGCCGCCCGCCGCCCCGCGCCUGGCGGGCCUCGCUGGUCGGAUCUGAUCAAACGUUGUCUGGCUUGCCCUCUGACGAAGUUGGCUGAACGUGACUUUCCAGGAUGCCAGCAGCACUUGUGGAGAACAGCCAGGUGAUCUGUGAAGUCUGGGCCAGCAAUCUAGAAGAGGAGAUGAGGAAGAUCCGAGAAAUCGUGCUCACUUACAGUUACAUUGCCAUGGACACAGAGUUUCCAGGUGUUGUCGUUCGACCAAUUGGAGAAUUUCGUAGUUCCAUAGAUUACCAGUAUCAGCUUCUGCGGUGCAAUGUUGACCUUUUAAAAAUUAUCCAGCUCGGCCUGACAUUCACAAACGAGAAGGGAGAAUAUCCUUCUGGAAUCAACACCUGGCAGUUUAACUUCAAAUUCAACCUUACAGAGGACAUGUACUCCCAGGAUUCCAUAGACCUCCUUGCUAAUUCAGGACUGCAGUUUCAGAAGCACGAAGAGGAGGGGAUCGACACACUGCACUUCGCAGAGCUGCUCAUGACCUCCGGAGUCGUUCUGUGUGACAACGUCAAGUGGCUUUCAUUUCACAGUGGCUAUGACUUUGGCUACAUGGUCAAGUUGCUGACAGAUUCCCGUUUACCAGAAGAAGAACAUGAAUUCUUUCAUAUUCUGAACCUUUUCUUCCCAUCCAUUUAUGAUGUGAAAUACCUGAUGAAGAGUUGUAAAAACCUCAAGGGAGGUCUUCAGGAAGUUGCAGAUCAGUUGGAUUUGCAGAGAAUUGGAAGGCAGCACCAGGCUGGAUCAGACUCGCUGCUGACAGGAAUGGCAUUCUUCAGGAUGAAGGAGUUGUUCUUUGAGGACAGCAUUGAUGAUGCCAAGUACUGUGGACGGCUCUAUGGCCUAGGCACCGGUGUGGCCCAGAAGCAGAACGAGGAUGUGGACCCUGCCCAGGAGAAGAUGAGCAUCCUGGCAAUUAUCAACAACAUGCAACAGUGAGGGCUGCAGGCUCCGCAUGACGGGCCUAGGCCCAGAGUGGUGCUUACUGAGUCGACUGUGGAUUUCUACCCGGGAGAGAACACUUCUGCUGAGCAAACUGUACCUGCCAUCUGCAUUGAGCAGAAAGACCUUUGUUUUACUGAAGACAAAAGAUGUCUUUAUUUUAGAUCCAGAAGAGGGGAGUUUGCUCUGAAUUUGUAAAGAGGUCAUUGCUAUUCCUCACGCCCGAGCCUCUCUCACCAGAUGCCGCCUGCCACCAGCAUCUGGGGCUCUUUUGACGCCUUUUAGAUAUCCAGGACAAGUCUGAAACAAGCUAGUAAAAUGUAUAUAACUUACCUGUUGUCCUUCUUUUUCUUUUAAAUUUGUUGCUAAUCUCUGAUGAAGAUUUCUGCUAGGAUUCUCAACUGAGCUGAGGGCUUCCAGGGGAAGUGGAACAAAAUGGCGUUCUUGUGAAGUGGGAUGUAGGUAUAGUCUCUGUUUCCUUUUUUUGAUUCUUCUCAAAGGCAUUGGUUUCCCUCACUCUUUGGUAGCCUUUAUGUGCUGCUACAUGAAAAUGAAUUGCUCAGUGCUGAAAUUUGAAUACCAGAUUAUGAACCUUUUCUUACAAUCUAACAGUUCCAGAGUCUGUCCAUGCUUGAUUCCCGAUACUUCUAGAACGGGUACUGCAUUGACUACUUCAGGAUCUUGACGUCUACACCACUGACACUUGCUGUCACGUGUUUAUCAUCUGAAAUGAUUUUUUUCUGGUAGGAAGCUAAUCUGGGUUUUAUCCUGAAGAAAAUAAAAUCAGAUUUUGGAUCAUGACAGUGUUAUAUUUUCAGCAGCUGUGAUUUUGGAUGGUCACAGGCACACUCCCUCCUCUCUGUCUUCCCUGCUUCUCCUGAGAAGUUAGGGAAGUGGGUGGAUAUGAAUACUGCGAAUGUGAGUCUUAAAAAGUCACAGUGGGGAGUUGUAUACAGGACAGUAAAUAAGCCUGGUUUGUAGAGUUAGCCCUCUACUUGGGGUAGGAAGCUUAGGACUUCUUUUUUACUAGUCAUUUUAAAAAGUACAUUGUAUUUUUUGAAUGACUAGAAGACUGAACAAAUUUGGAAAACCAAAAACCCCUUUGGGAUGGUAGGAAUAAAAACCGGUAACUCACUGACGUGAAUAAUCUUGCAUUUUAAAACCUUGUGGAAAAUUCAAUUUAAAAUGAUUCCAAACUGUCAAGUAUUAUAGGCUGGUAUUUAAAAUGCUUGUAAAUACUAUUUAUGUUUUUAAUUUUGUAAAAUAAAAAUUUCUUUUUAA